UCUCUCCAGGGAAUGAUGCUGUGGAUGCUGCUCGCCCAGGCCGGCGUGGCGCUCGGGGCGACUCUCGCGGCCUCCGCCACCGCGCCGCCCGCGCUCGCCGCCGCGCCGCAAGCCAGCGACCUCGAGGACGCGCCAUCGACCGGAGGCAUCUUGUCCAGAGUUUUCCCAGAGGGUUUCAAGCGGUCUUCCGUGGACGAGGUCAGCAACUCAGCAGCCGGCAGCAUCGACUAUCCUGACCCCCCAGCCAAGACGGUGGUCAAGAGGUCCACCGAGAUCCCCGACGGCUACAUGGCGGCUAUGGGUUACAACCCCAUGAACGCUUGGGCGAAGAGGAACGGCUACGACCCCGGCUACGAAGCUUACAUGCAGAGUCUCGCGUACGACCCCACGAUGGCCUUCGGCAAGAGACAGCUCAAGAGGAACGAUGGCUUCCAGUCGUACAUGCAGACCCUUAACUAUGACCCUACAGGUGCCUGGGGGAAGAGGAGUGACUACGACGCCUACCUUCAGAGCACGGGGUACGACCCCAUGGCGGUCUAUGCCAAGAAGACAGUCAAGCGGAGCAGCGACUACCCUUCCGUGUACCAGGAGAUUCCCAGCGGGCCCAGAAAAGACGAGGAAUUCGGGGAGAUCUAUUACCCCCAACACUUCUUUAACGGCGAAAUCAAGAAGCAGGAUCCUUACAUGGACAUGUACCUGCCCAACCAAUACAUGCACAGCUUCAAGAGGUCCAUCACGCCUUACCUGCUCUCCGUGGCGUCGAACGACUGGAAGAGAGCGCCAAACGAGAUGGGGGCGCAGGGCUUCCAUGAGGGAAUCUUCACGCACAACUUUGGCGACUUCUCACCCGUCAAGAAACGCGGUAAGAGAGAAGUCGGCCCCUCCGCAGCGGCAGAAAAGGACUCAGCUUUGGUAUCUAGCGACGGAAACUACGAUGACUAUGCCAUGGCAAAGCGGCGGUUGGGCAUGGGGGCAAGCGGAUUCCAUGGCGACACUUUCAGUCAAGGCUUCGGCGAUUUCUCUACCAUGAAGAAGCGUCGUCUCGGCAUGGGAGCCAGCGGAUUCCAUGGGGAUACAUUCAGCCAAGGCUUUGGAGAUUUCUCAACCAUGAAGAAGCGACGGCUUGGCAUGGGAGCCAGCGGCUUCCACGGAGACACCUUUAACGAAGGGUUCGGCGACUUCUCGACCAUGAAGAAGCGGCGCCUGGGUAUGGACGCCAGCGGUUUCUACGGAGACACUUUCAGCCAAGGCUUUGGGGACUUCUCCACCAUGAAGAAGCGGCGGCUCGGCAUGGGAGCCAGCGGGUUUCACGGAGACACCUUCAGCCAGGGCUUCGGAGACUUCUCCACCAUGAAGAAGAGGAGGCCGGAGAUGGACUCCAGCGGUUUCUACGGCGACACCUUCAGUAACGGCUUCGGAAGUUUCUACACCAUGAAGCGGCGACCGGAAAUGGAUUCCAGUGGAUUCUAUGGUGACACUUUUUCCAACGGCUUCGGAGAUUUUGCUACCAUGAAAAAGAAAGACGAAGACGACGACUCACAGACCACAGAGUCUAAUGAACAGGACAAGAAGUCAACGAGAAGAAAGCGACAAGCCGGAGACAUCCUUUACGCUGAACGGCAGAAUCACGAGACCGACGCCAGCAACCAGGGCUUGGCGAUGGACUCUGGUCUUCACGAGCUGAGGAUCCCAGAGCAGCAGGACGGACGACCGAAGAGGAACCUCGAGGGGAGCGACAUCAUGGAAGUCGAGAUGAAACCUCCCGUAGAAACCGACAUCAAGCUUCGCAGUCGCAGAAGCACCGACAGCGGCGACCUCCUCAUCGCCGACUACCCCGUGACGUACGUGAGCGACGAGGAGGGCACGGCAACAGGACGCUCCCGAACGCUGGCCAAGCGGGCUGCCGAGACGGAAGCGGCCGACCCCUUCGCCGACGCUCUGGGCGGCUUCGAGACCAUGAAGAGACGGCGAUGAGCUGCUGCCCCGCGUCGACGUCCGGCCACUGCUCGCCCAGGACCUUCCGCCCCUCCGCGUGGCCGCCUCCGUCGCUGACUGGCCUACGAUCGGAAUUUCCUUUCAUCUACGAUAUGUCUGUUCAAAAAGAAUAAAAAGUUAGGCAUUAUUAAUCCACGGUGAAACGUUCUUUCCCUACUCUUUUGUCUCUGUUUAAAUACUAUUUUUUACAUGAUAGCCAAAGAUUAUUGAAAGAAACCUCAUCUGCUAUUGCUAACAAAAUUGUAUAGAUAAAUACAAGCAUACAUACAUUCAUAUACAUCUGUAUGCAUGUCUGUAUGUGCAACUUAUCUCUGCUUUUCUUUCAUUUGCCCGAGAGAAAGUACAGAGCAUCUUCGAGUUAUAUACUAUCUAAAUCCAUGUAUAAGUUAUUUGGCACACUUACACAUAAACACACAAGAUAUAUAUAUAUAUAUAUAUAUAUAUAUAUAUAUAUAUAUAUAUAUAUAUACAUAUAUAUAUAUAUAUAUAUAUAUAUAUAUAUAUAUAUAUAUAUAUAUAUAUAUGUAUAAGCAUAUACAAGCAUAUAUACCAAUGGUGUGCGGCCGUAGUUACCAACUCUGUUAAAUGAAGUUCUUUUACUAUUUCUCUUGGUGUAAUAAAUUCUAUGAUACUGAAGGUAGUUUUUAGUGAUCCAGAAGCUUGCAGCUCCUGAUAAGAAAUUAAAGAACUACAGUAUAUCCAGUACCCACACGGAAACACAGGCACUUUUUUCACUUUUUUUUUACCCUAUUAUUCAUUCAUUCUUUCCCAACCCUCCACCACUCUCCUCCCCCUACCCCCUCCCUACUGAGGCUGGGACCCGCUUCCCCAAUCGACUCAUUGACACAACUCGAUAAUCAAAUCGUUGUUAUUUAUUCGUUUGUUUUAAAGACUGGUGGUUUGAUAAAGGCGUUCACCCUCCUUCUCUAAGAACAAUUAAAACUUUACCUGAAGCUUCCUUGGCACAGGAACUCUCUGCCAAUACUAAACAUGAACUUCCGUUUUCUAUGGUAGACUCCCGAUUCCCGUUUUCUUUCUUCCUGGAGGAGAAUGGGGUUGAACGAGAACAGGCAUAUUAUGCAGACUUGCAUUUCACUGAUCCCUUUUCAAAGCCUUCCACGAAUCUAUGCUGCAAAAGAACACCUGACGAACAUUAGAAUCGGUUCCGUUAUAACUACAACAUACUUCUCUCUCUUGUACAUCACGAUGUUACGUGCCAUGAUCAAGUGUGCCAUAAACACACUGUGUUCUGAUCCCUUGUCAUAUACUAACCCCCACACACAUACAAAGAAGUCCAAUGUGCAAAAUCUUAUGGGAACAAAAGGGAGAUUGAUCUAAGACGUGAAUUCCUGCACUUGUAGUCUAUAUGAUGACUGUUCUCAUAUGUACUCUUUAUGAUGUGUCUGGAUUAGGUGUACCUCAAAACAAGUUUAUGGUGAUAUAGAUUCUAUCAAAGAAAUAUAUGAAUAUAUAUGAAUGUUCUUGCUUUUUUUCUGACUGGUGUGUAUUUUAUGCAGAUGAGGAUUUUACUGUUAAUGGUUGAUUUCCAAUCGAGAUGAUAUAUGUUUGCAUAAUUCUGUAUAAACUAUGAUAUAAAAAAAAAUCUGAUGUUCCUAUCGUAGCCAAAACUUCUGUAAGAGUUUUAGAUUCGCUGCAAAUUAAGGCGUGGGUGAAAAUGUUGCAACUGAAUUAUAUAUGAUUUGUAUCAAAACUUAUAUCGAAUAAACUAAUUACAUUAAAUAUCGCAUUAUUUAGCUAACAAAAGUGGCCGAAUCGAGAAGUCCUUGACAAUUUUUUUGCGGCCGAUGGUCGUUGCAAGCUCUUGUCAAGGCAUACAAGCGCUUGGAAUCAGUUUUCUUCCUAUUACUGUUAUGGCAGAAAAUGUAACUUAUUCGACGCAUGGAUAAUUAAAAAUAAGUCAAAAUAUUAAUUGUGAAAAAGAGGAAAAAAUAAAUAUGGGAUAAUGAA